CCCACUUCUUAUCCCUCGUACCAAACGACCCGUUAGCGCCUAAGCCACAGACCGACAGUCACGACUCACAAGAACAACAAACACAAAAGGAUUUGCUGCAAACCUCGGAGAUCAUCAUAUUAGGGCAACUUCAAUCUGUCAAGAAUUUAUUUUUAUUCAUCAAAUCAAAAUGGCAGGACCAGCACUAAAUGAUCUCUUUCAAUCUCUCAUCUCCAAAACGGGACAUGAUAAAAUAACCAACGAAGAAUCGAAUGUGUUUGUUGAUUGGAAGUCUCGGGCCAGUAAUAGUUGUGCUUUCAGAGGUACUGUUGCCUCAGGUCUUGCUUGGAUUGCAACAAGGAAGUGGAGAACUGCUAAUCGUGUAUUACCUGUUACAGGAGCUUUUUUGCUAACUGUAGGAUGGACAUUUAGUAAAUCUGUAGACUCGUGCGUUGACCGUAUUCUUGGAAUGGAUGGGAGUCGGAUGCAGUAUGAACUGGAAAAAAUAAUACUGGAGAAGUAUGGUAAUGAUCCUGAGAAAAUGAAGCCCUUUUCCAAGCAUUUCUACUGUGAAGAAAUUUUCAAUGAUUCGGCCCCUGGACGUCCUAAAUCAGUUUACCGGCAACGGCAUCUGUAUGUAGAUGAUCAGCGGACGACAAAUGAAAAUCUAAAGCAUGAGUCUGCUAAGAAAGGUGUCAAUCAUCAACAUAAAAAAGAUGAUUCCAACGUCAAAUUGAAAAGCCCUAAUGCAGAGACUAAGCAAGUUCCUAUAUAUCCUGGCAUCAGUAGAUUUGGAUAUGGAGAUCCUCUUGAUGUACUGUUUGGGGGCUCAUCUUCAAAUGAAGAGCCUCUUCAGCCUGAUGAAUCUGAAAAUUUGGGCAAAGUGCAGAGUCGCAGCCAAAAAAGAGCUCGCCGUAGGCAUAGACUGCGUCAUGGUCGUCAGGAUUCGUUGCUGAUGGGGGGAAGUUGAUCAGAUUAUAGACAUCUAAAUAUUAUAUUGAGUGUUGAAUAAUGGCUGUCGUUGAUAAUUUAUCCUAAAAGGAGGGAAGACAAGUUUGUAUAUUAUCCCUGCUUUUGUGAUUCUUCUGGUGUAUCCCUGCUCCUUUCUUCUCUGUCUGUUUGUAUCAGAAAGCUAACAGUUUCCUGCAUUAACAUAAAUCAACCGAGUUACAUGAAAGAGAAUUCGGCUAUGCUCAGUUUCGAAUCAUGAAAUUCAUGUGAAAUCAGUUAGCUGAAAUUCACUGUUCGCUUA